AUGGAGGACCUCAACAUGAUCGAUAACCCUUUUUCAGACAAGACAUCACGAGCAGGCUCAGUGGCCGGAAACAUCAGACUGGUACGCAGAUGCGGGGUGUUCCAGAUUUCGGACGCCUUGCGUACCCUACACCCCACCAAGAGAGAAUACACCUUCAUGUCGGCGGCGAAGCAGGCCAGCACGAGGAUCGACCGUGCUCUGAUUUCGCGGUCGCUGCUUCCCGGCCUGGAGUCAGCCUCGCAUAAGUCGCCUGAUGACCUGAUCUCGGAUCAUGGCUCUGCCAUCAGAGUGGCUUUCCGCUGCAGUGUUAAAGCAAAGCUUGGACCGGGGGUCUGGAGGUUUCCAUCCCACCUGCUCAAUAGGCCGGGUGUAAGGAAGGUGGUGGAAGCAGCGGCAAAGCAGUCAAUGGGGGAUUAUGCUCUGCUGCUGGCUCAGCUGAAUGCAGGACUUCGCGCCUAUGCUAAGGAGGAGGGCAAGAGAGAAGCGGCAAAGCAGCUGGGCAUUGUCAGUGACUCGGGGAGGAGGAUGCCUUACCUGGGCUAUGCGGACGAUACCACGCUACUGCUGCAGGGGAGGGAGCAGAUUGCAGAAGCAGGGAAAAUGCUGGAUUAUUUUGAGAACGUUUAUGGAAACCACGCGUCAGAGGAGGGGUGUUUCAUCCUGUGGGGGAAGGAAACAAUCUUUGCAACACGAGAGGAGGGAGGUGUCGGAGUGAAGGACCCGGGGGUUCUGGUCGCCUGUCUGGCUACUAGAAGGAUCGGAAUCCUGCUCACCGAGAGGGACGACUUCAAACGAGACAUGAUGCUCGCAGCAGCAGGGCUGCCGCUGGGGGUGGAUACUUUCCUAUCACAUGAGAAGCUGUUGAAAUACUGGGUCGAUGGGAGCGCGCGAUGGAAGCAAACCUGCGAGUGUUUCAUGUCGUCGUCGUUUGCCACCGUCAGCAUACCUCUCACCGCAGCGGAAGUUGUUGCAGAGAGAUUGGUUUUCAACAAAGGCAUUCUGCUUAACGGGAGAACGCCGGUCGGGGGACAGAAGGCUGCUAAGGCGCUUUGGGAGAUCAAGCUGGGGGACCUGGUGGCGCCCAUGGCGAAUGGUGGGAUGGCAGUAAAGAGCGAGGAAACCCUAGCAAUGUCGCUCGGAAUAGCAUCUGCUCGGCUGGCUCUGAAGGGGCUGGCUGCCGCCCCUGAGAACUGGAGGGAGCUGCUGCUCGCCUCAUCAGAAGGAAUUCAGGGCGCAGUCAUGGGAGGGAGAGCAGUGGUAGCCCGUGGGGGUAAACUGUUCCUCACGCUCAUUUUCCACCUCGGCCAAGUCGCCCCGAUAAAGCACUUGCGGUUAGCAUGGAGAAGACAGGGGCACUCGGCGCGGAGGAGAGAGAAGUGGGCGAACCGAUGGGGGGGGACAAUUGACUGGAAGCAGACGUCCAAGAUCCGUGAUUCGCUCACCACGCCUAGUUAUCUCAGAGAUGUUUUAAUCAGGGUGCAUAACUUCAACCUUCAGGUCGGGGAAAGGCUGGCUUUCCUCAGCUCGAAGCCGAAAUGUCCGUACUGUAGCGAGGAGGAGUCACUCGAGCACUGCCUUUUUGAGUGCCCGAGGAUUCAGCCAAUAAUGGGGGCUUUGAAAACGGCUCUCAAGAUGCUCAACCCCAGGCGCACCAUCUCAUCGCUGGGCGACCUUCUUUUUGGGUGA